AUGUCGAGACACUUUUCCACCAGUCUCGCACGGUGCCGCGGCCAGAACCUGGCCGAGAAAAUCGUCCAGAAGUAUGCCGUCGGCCUGGCUCCAGACAAGCUUGUGUACUCGGGUGACUACGUGAGCAUCCGGCCUGCGCACGUGAUGUCCCACGACAACUCGUGGCCCGUGGCGCUCAAGUUCAAAGGACUGGGCGCCAAGAAGGUCAAGGACAACCGCCAGAUUGUCAACACGCUGGACCACGACGUGCAGAACAAGACAGAGAAAAACCUGUCCAAAUACCACAACAUCGAGCAAUUCGCCAAGGAACAGGGCAUCGACUUCUAUCCUGCUGGACGAGGAAUCGGCCACCAGAUCAUGAUCGAGGAGGGCUACGCGUUCCCGUCGAACCUCACGGUGGCGUCUGAUUCGCACUCGAACACCUACGGAGGCAUAGGGUCGCUCGGAACGCCAAUCGUCAGAACCGACGCUGCCUCGAUCUGGGCCACCGGCCAGACCUGGUGGCAGAUUCCUCCCGUGGCCAAGGUCGAGCUCAAGGGCUCUCUUCCGAAGGGAGUCACCGGAAAGGACGUCAUUGUGUCGCUGUGCGGGCUUUUCAACAACGACGAGGUGCUCAACCAUGCGAUCGAGUUUGUUGGAGACGAGAUCCACAAACUGCCGAUCGACUACCGUCUGACGAUCGCCAACAUGACCACCGAGUGGGGGGCGCUGUCGGGGCUGUUUCCGAUCGACGAGACGCUCAUCAACUUCUACACCAAUCGACUGCUGAGACUGGGUCCUAACCACCCGCGGAUCAACCACGAGACCGUCGAGAAGCUGCGCCAGAACAAGCUGGCCGCCGACCCGGACGCGUACUAUGCCAAGACGCUGACUAUCGACCUCUCCACGCUGUCGCCGUACAUUUCUGGCCCAAACUCCGUCAAGGUGUCCAACUCGCUCAGCGACCUUUCUGCCAGGAACAUGAAGGUCGACAAGGCGUACCUGGUGUCCUGCACCAACUCCCGACUGAGCGAUAUCAAGGCUGCGGCCGAUAUCGUGCGCGGCCACAAGGUUGCUCCGGGAGUGAAAUUCUACAUCGCUGCAGCUUCGUCCGAGGUCCAGGCCGACGCCGAGGCCGCUGGUGCGUGGCAGACGUUGCUGGACGCCGGCUGCAUCCCGCUGCCAGCAGGCUGUGGCCCGUGUAUCGGUCUGGGCACCGGGUUGCUGGAGGAGGGUGAGGUCGGCAUUUCUGCUACCAACAGAAACUUCAAGGGAAGAAUGGGGUCCAAAGACGCCCUGGCGUUCCUGGCGUCUCCCGAGGUCGUUGCUGCCUCUGCUGUAGUGGGCAAAAUUGCGGCUCCCGAAGAGGUGGACGGAAAACCAUGUCCGCCGACCAGGGAGGUGAAGAAAACCAUUGUGGUCAACGAGAAGCCUCCAGCGACGGACGACACCGCCCAAUCCUCUGGAUCUGUCCUGCCAGGCUUCCCGGAAGAGAUCACCGGCGAGCUGGUGCUCUGUGACGCAGACAAUAUCAACACGGACGGUAUCUAUCCCGGCAAGUACACCUACCAGGACGACGUUCCAAGAGAGAAGAUGGCGGAGGUGUGCAUGGAGAACUACGACUCUGAGUUUGGGCAAAAGACCAAGGCCGGCGACAUCAUCAUUUCCGGGUUCAAUUUCGGUACCGGCUCGUCCAGAGAACAGGCUGCCACGUGCAUUUUGGCCAGAGACAUCAAGUUGGUGGUUGCAGGAUCGUUUGGUAACAUUUUUUCGCGAAACAGCAUCAACAACGCGCUUCUGACUCUCGAAAUCCCAGACCUCAUCAACAUGCUUCGCGACAGGUAUAGAGACAGCGAGCCUGAGCUGACGAGACGCACCGGGUGGUUCCUCAAAUGGAACGUUCCUAAAUCGCUGGUCACCGUGACCGACUCUUCGGGCGCCGUGGUGCUCGAGCAGAAGGUGGGCGAGCUGGGAACCAAUCUGCAGGAGAUCAUCAUCCAGGGCGGUCUGGAGGGCUGGGUGCGGUCUGAGCUGCAAAAAGAGGCCCAGCAGCAGCAAUAA